AGUCAUGAAGAUCUCAUUAGAUCAUCAUCAGAUCAUUCAGUCUCCAAUUAGGCCUCCACUCGCCACUCCCAAGGCUGUGUAUGCAGCUGGAGGUGAUCCAGCACCUCCAGCAGAGCUUGGAGGCGGCGCACCAGCAGCAGUUCAAGUCGCAGAUGGACAUCAUGCAGCACCUGCACGCGGCCCAGCAGCAGGAGCAGCACUACAAGCAGCUUGAGGAGCAACGCAAGCAUCAACUGCAGCAGCAGCUACAGCAGCAGUUACGCGGCGGCGCACAGCACCAGCCGCGCCUGCUGCGGCCCAUGCUGCCCUCCAACCCCGGCCUCAGGCACCUGCUGCAGCAGCAACCCCAACAAUACCGUCCGGGCGGCGCGGCCACGCGUCCCACAACCCAAACCCAGCAAUUCGACGAUGUGCCCAGCUACAACGACUUCCUCUAACAGUUACAACCGGACUUCUUCUCCUCGCUGUGUGACUUGCCUAGCGACGAGCGGUUCAUGGACUAAAGUGACGUUUGACGCCACUGAAGUGUAUUAUAAGGCAAUGUGAAUAAGUAGGUAGGGAUGGCGAAUCAAGAUGAAUGUUGCACCUUAUGCUGCUUGUGCAGUCCGCGUCAAAUGGUUCACAACGCCCAAAGUGGCCAAAAAGUUAAAAACACAACCUUAUUUUAAUAGACUAUUUGACACCAUUCCCCUUUUAAUUCGAAAUCACAACUUUUUUAAAAAGACACUUCAUUCUGGUCUUAAAAACUUUAUUAAUUUUAAAUUAUCUGUAAAUUAAGAUUUUUGGUCGGAUUGUAAUUGAAAAAAGUAGUUUAAUCGAGUUGACAAAAUAGGAGUCUCGUUUUGACAGUUUUAAAAGUACAUCAAUGAGGGUUUUCGCGAAUGAAAGAUCCGCUAGAUGGCGGGACGUGGAUGUCGGGUCUGACUGCUGCGUGUUUGGUGGAUUUUGACAUAUCUGUCAAUGUCAUGUCAAAAAUAACCAAUCAUGCAGCAUUUGGACCUCGCGUCUACGUAUUGCCGUCUGGCGGAUUUUACAUUCGCGAAAACCCUCAUUGAAAAAGUAGUUUGAGUUGACAAAAUAGGAGUCUCGUUUUGACAGUUUUAAAAAGUACGUCAAUUGAUUGAUGAUGGUGUCAACACGUCUAUUGUAAAAAAAGACAUGUUGUGUCACAAACUAUUUGACGCUGCCUGUAAUGGGUGCAAUUUCGAAAGAAUAAUGUGUAUAUUGUGACAUAUACCAAAUUAAGUAAAUAAUACUGUAAUAAUGAUUUAUAAAGCUUAUAAAAAAGUGAUAAUGAUGGGACUAUAGCUUGCCUGCGAAAUAGGGUUAAAUAAAAUUAGAAAUUGGUACUUUUCCAAUUCUUAUUCCAAAACAGUCAAAUAAUACAGAUAUAGAUUUCAAUUUUGUAUGUUAUUUCGGGAAACGAUGCCCGUUUUUCUAUGAAAAGUAGAUGUAGUAAUACUAAACACUAGAGAAAUCUCAAUAUAUUUUUAGAUGAAUAGCCCAAAAAAGUUCCUUUGGUACUUUUCCUCGAUAGUUAUUACUUUAUUUUAAUGUACAGUAGUUAAUUUGUACCGCUAGGUGGCGCCACUAAAAUAUUAAUUAAAAUUUUGUUUUGUACCCUGGCUAUAGAUUUUAUGGAGAUAAGAGACAUUUUAUAUCGUUGCUUAUAAAAAUAUAAUCGAUAUAUAUUUAAUUUUUAGUACUGACUGAUUUUAUCUAUAAAAAUUCUUUAUUAAUUUUUCUAAAUCUUAUCUAAUGGUGAUUUAUCUUUUCAAUUCUCUUUACUUAUUUCUGAAUCGUGUUAUUUGUGAAAUGUUGGUUAAUUUAAAUAUUUUCCAGACAAACUACCAUAAUGAUGAAACUAUAAAAUGAAGAACUGUUUAAAUAUUUCAAUACAGUCACAAAAGCGACAAUUGUUUUAAAGUAAAUGUUUUAUGUUGAAUUAAAUGUUUUUUCUAACUUUGUAAAGUGUACAAAGAUCAUAGUCUGAUGUAAUUUGUAGAUAUUAAUAGGUACAGUUCAUGUAAAAAAUACACUCAAAUUGUAUUUUGAAAUGAGUGGAUUAUAAAAUGAUAAUUUUUGUACGAGUCUGAUAAUAAUAGUAAAUAUUUCUAUAAAUAAUAGAAUUGUUGUAAAAUAAAUGAUAAAAUGUAAGAGAUUUUUUAAAUGCUGAUAUGUAAAGUGUUUUAAUUAGUUAAGAUUAAUUGAAUAAAAUGUUAUGAUACA